AUGCCUGAACUCAGUUUCGAUGAUGUCAGUCGAAUGUUGAAUAUUUACGGCCCAGAUCCGUACGUAGCCUUCAAACAAGAUUGGUGUGCGAGGAAGAUCCAAGCGUGUUCAUCAAGUAGAGGCGGCAUCAACACCAAGUAUUCUCACGAACUGGCUGAAAAAUUGUGUUUCAGCUUCAACGUUAGUUUCAUUGGCAAACUGUUUGGCUGCUUGAAGUCGAUUGAUAAUCUGUCCGCGUUUGAAGACCUCAUUGACUUUUGUUCAAGAGAGAAAAUCAAUCUGAAUGACAUCCUGGAAAAUGAAUAUGUUGAACUAAAUGACCUGAUACGUUUAGUCGAGGCCAAGCAUUUGAUCAGAUGUGCAAAGAGUCAGCCGGAGAGUGAAGCCGAAGAGAAACAAUUUCUGCAGAUAUUCCAAACUCUGUACGAUGCUGGGUGGAAUUUUGUUCAGAUGCGUGACCUUGUAGCUGCUUUUAAUCCGAUUGGGGCGUUUAAUCGAUUUCGGAAUUUGCUGCACUUCUUGAACACCAUUCAGAUCUACGGCCUGUUCUCGAUUUCGAAUUUCGAGAAGAGUAAGCAAAUCUUGAUUGACACAACAAGUUUCCAAAUGAUGAUGCAGAAACUGAACAAAAUAGCCAUUGAGAAUCACUUUCAGCUUGAAGGCAAAGUGAAGGAUCUAAAUGAACUAGUGGCUGAGCUGAAGAAAUCGAACAAGCAUGACCAGGCAUUAGUGUAUUUCAUUGAAAAGGGUGCCCUGAAUAUAAGGAAGCACAUUUUUGAGAAGCAGUCAGCCAAGUUGCAAUGGAAGGAGAAGCAGAUUUAUUUGUGGGCAAAGGAUAUCAAGUCUUCCAGAAAGGAAUUCAGUGAUUACGAAGGAAUCGCGGUUAUUCUGCGUGCAAACUUCCUGAUAACUGGUCACACCCUGACUGACACGCAAAUAUUGUGCAGCUUGAUUGCGCUGAGAACUGGGGGAAGCCUGAAAGGCAAGUUACUCGAAGUUGCAACGGGUGAAGGAAAAUCCACCAUCAUUUGCAUUCUGGCCAUCAUAAAUGCAUUGAGAGGCAACCUCGUUGACGUAAUAACCAGCUCGCCGGUUUUGGCUGAAAGAGAUGCGAAGCAAAAGGCAAAAUUGUACAGAAUGUUUUGCCUGACGUGCUCUGACAACAACGACAAGACUGUGUAUCUUAGAGGCAGGAAGAGUUGUUAUUCCGCUGACAUCGUUUACGGCGAGAUGUCGCAGUUUCAGUUUGACAUACUGAGAGACAGUUACAGCAAGUUGGGAACGCUGGGUGGACGCAAGUUUACGACAGCAAUUGUGGACGAGGUGGACAGCAUGCUGAUUGAUGACAGCUCGAAAAUCGCUCGUUUAUCGUCAACGAUUUCAGGCAUGGACCACUUCCAAGCAAUUUAUGUGUUUAUUUGGCAACGCCUGAUUUCGAUCAAAGAGAAGUUUAUAAUGUUCAACAGUAAGUUGUACUUCGUCGACGGCAAAGUUGGUUUCGAAGACGGGAAGAUAACCUUGGAAGUUGUUGACAGCAAUAAUGACAUUUGGAAAAUUCCUGACUUGGAGGAGUAUCUUGUUAGAGCAGGUGACAAAAGUCAAGUUGGCGAGUAUGUCGGUGACGAUGUGGAUGAGUAUCUGAGGAAUUCUUUAGAACAUUAUCUGGAUUGCCAAAUCAAAGAAAACAAGAUUUACGUUCCCAGUAAUUUCGCGGAUUUCCUGCAAAAGCAGAAGCCAAAGUGGAUCACGAAUGCCGUCGAAGCUUUGAACUACCAGGAAAACGUUCAUUACGUGGUUCAAGACGGAGAAAUCAAGCCGGUUGAUUAUUACAGUACCGGUAUUGUUCAGAGCUCCACCAGUUGGAGUGACGGAUUGCACCAGUUCCUUCAGCUGAAGCACAAUUUAAAAAUGACCAGUGAGACGAUUACUACCAACUUCUUAUCGAACAUGGGGUUGAUGAACAAGUACGAGCAAGUGUACGGCCUGACCGGAACGCUCGGCUCGGAGACUGCCAGAGGUGUCCUGAAGAAAGUUUAUGGUGUUGAUCUAAUUAACAUUCCGCAGCGGCGGCAAAAGCAGUACCUGGAAUUGGAAUCGAUUGUUGCAGAAGGCGAGGCCAACUGGCUGAAGGAAAUAAUGUCUAACAUUAUCCACGAGAUUCAGAAGGAUCGAGGAAUUUUAGUAAUAUGUGAAACAAUUGAGAACACGAACCGGAUUAGCGGGAUGCUGAAAAAUAAGCUGCCGCCGAGCUCAGUCAAGUUGUAUGCAAUGAACGACAUGAACCAGGAGAAGAACGUGGAGAAAAUUUUACCCGGUGAAGUUAUAAUUGCGACAAAUUUGGCCGGAAGAGGCACCGACAUACAGACCGACGAAAUUGAGGCGACGGGGGGUUUGCACGUGAUUUUGACAUUCAUGCCCAGCAACCAGCGAGUUGAAGAUCAAGCAUUUGGCAGAACUGCCAGGCAGGGCAAGCGUGGCACCGGCCUCAUGAUUCUAAAUGGUCAUCACUUGGUCGGUUACGCAAGCACAACAACAACAAAAAGUAUGAAGAUGGAUCGUGAUGGAAUUGAGUCAGAGCAACUUAAGAAUUUUCAAGACUUCGAGCUCAAGCCGAUUCAAGUGAAAGACAAAAUGUUUGACGUAUUUUGCGCAUUUCUAAACGACGAAAUACGCCUCAGGAUCAGACAGGAGCAGGACACUUACGGAAAUCGCGUGAUGAAUUCGUUCACCGAAGUUCCACCGACCAUGUAUGAGUGCAGCGUGCUCGCAGCUGUCGAAGAGCAAUGGGCAGGUUUCUUGAGCAAGCUAGACGAGAAGGUGAUACAAUGUGAAGAUGCCGAGACCAAGUGCCAAGAACUGAUUAAUCAGCUAAGGCAAGACUUUGUGGUCAACAGCGUAAUCAAAAAUCCGUAUCAUUACAUUUGCAUUGCAAAUGACAUACUUGCGAGUCAGUCACCGAAGGCUGAACAGGUGAAACGAGCUCUCAGCUAUUUCGAGAAAGCAGUUGAACUGGAACAGAAAUCAGGAUCGAGUAAUGGUGACGAGUCUUUAUUCUGUCCCGGAGCUGCGCAUGCAGGCAUUGCGUGGUGCUGGAUCCUAUUAAAAGAAGAAGGUUAUAAAGAAGAGGCUUUGUCAUCAUUCAAAUCUGCUUUGACGUGUCUGUCGAAUGAAAUGAGUGUAUUGAAUGCUACUCAGUUGUUGUUGGAGCAAAAGCAGGCUGGUAAGUUGUACUUCGUCGACGGCAAAGUUGGUUUCGAAGACGGGAAGAUAACCUUGGAAGUUGUUGACAGCAAUAAUGACAUUGGGAAAAUUCCUGAUUUGGAGGAGUAUCUUGUUAGAGCAGGUGACAAAAGUCAAGUUGGCGAGUAUGUCGGUGACGAUGUGGAUGAGUAUCUGAGGAAUUCUUUAGAACAUUAUCUGGAUUGCCAAAUCAAAGAAAACAAGAUUUACGUUCCCAGUAAUUUCGCGGAUUUCCUGCAAAAGCAGAAGCCAAAGUGGAUCACGAAUGCCGUCGAAGCUUUGAACUACCAGGAAAACGUUCAUUACGUGGUUCAAGACGGAGAAAUCAAGCCGGUUGAUUAUUACAGUACCGGUAUUGUUCAGAGUUCCACCAGUUGGAGUGACGGAUUGCAUCAGUUCCUUCAGCUGAAGCACAAUUUAAAAAUGACCAGUGAGACGAUUACUACCAACUUCUUAUCGAACAUGGGGUUGAUGAACAAGUACGAGCAAGUGUACGGCCUGACCGGAACGCUCGGCUCGGAGACUGCCAGAGGUGUCCUGAAGAAAGUUUAUGGUGUUGAUCUAAUUAACAUUCCGCAGCGGCGGCAAAAGCAGUACCUGGAAUUGGAAUCGAUUGUUGCAGAAGGCGAGGCCAACUGGCUGAAGGAAAUAAUGUCUAACAUUAUCCACGAGAUUCAGAAGGAUCGAGGAAUUUUAGUAAUAUGUGAAACAAUUGAGAACACGAACCGGAUUAGCGGGAUGCUGAAAAAUAAGCUGCCGCCGAGCUCAGUCAAGUUGUAUGCAAUGAACGACAUGAACCAGGAGAAGAACGUGGAGAAAAUUUUACCCGGUGAAGUUAUAAUUGCGACAAAUUUGGCCGGAAGAGGCACCGACAUACAGACCGACGAAAUUGAGGCGACGGGGGGUUUGCACGUGAUUUUGACAUUCAUGCCCAGCAACCAGCGAGUUGAAGAUCAAGCAUUUGGCAGAACUGCCAGGCAGGGCAAGCGUGGCACCGGCCUCAUGAUUCUAAAUGGUCAUCACUUGGUCGGUUACGCAAGCACAACAACAACAAAAAGUAUGAAGAUGGAUCGUGAUGGAAUUGAGUCAGAGCAACUUAAGAAUUUUCAAGACUUCGAGCUCAAGCCGAUUCAAGUGAAAGACAAAAUGUUUGACGUAUUUUGCGCAUUUCUAAACGACGAAAUACGCCUCAGGAUCAGACAGGAGCAGGACACUUACGGAAAUCGCGUGAUGAAUUCGUUCACCGAAGUUCCACCGACCAUGUAUGAGUGCAGCGUGCUCGCAGCUGUCGAAGAGCAAUGGGCAGGUUUCUUGAGCAAGCUAGACGAGAAGGUGAUAAAAUGUGAAGAUGCCGAGACCAAGUGCCAAGAACUGAUUAAUCAGCUAAGGCAAGACUUUGUGGACAAUAGCGUAAUCAAAAAUCCUUAUCAUUACAUUUGCAUUGCAAAUGACAUGCUUGCGAAUCAGUCACCGAAGGCUGAACAGGUGAAACGAGCUCUCAGCUAUUUCGAGAAAGCUGUUGAACUGGAACAGAAAUCAGGAUCGAAUAAGGGUGACGAGUGUGGAAGCAACGCGAGUAUGGCUAUCAGAGUUAUCGGCACGCUCAACGGUCUCCAUCAGGUGCAAACACUGACUGACAACGUUGUCAAAGCAUUAGUGACAAAGCUCAGGCGUAUGUAUAGCAGUUUUAUGACGAUUAGUCUAGUAUUCCACAGACAUCUCAAGAUUAAAAAGGUCAAUACGGCAUUAAUUGCCGAUAAGCUCAAGCAACUCCACAUAUUCGACGAUGUCGACAAUUUUAACGUGUCCCAGAGUGACUUGGUCAAUGUGUCCAAAGAGCUCAAGAGAAAGAUAGACGAGUUCUCGGAAGAAGAAUUUGGAAACGAUGACAGGGACUCGAUGACGGCUGACGUUGGCAAAAGCAUUGCUUUCAUAGAGAGUUUCUAUGCGAAAUUUGUCGAAAUUGAUUUAGAGUCGUUCAGCAUGAUGAUGAAGUCUGUGUCGGACCAAAUAGCCGAACAGUUGAUACGGGUGAUGGACUCGCAACUGUUGCAGCCGUGGUCAACACUGGCUGUGAGUAACCUCAGUGCCGCGGGUUCCAAGCGACUGCAGCACUACUGCUUCGUGGAUGAAGAGCAAAAUUCAGACAGUCACAAGGCAGAUCAGAAGAAGUACGAAGAACUGAAGGAAAAAAAGGAUUUGACAACGGCCGAGAGGUCUUUUAUGGCUAACUACGGCAGAUUUAGAACGUUUGAAGAGCAGAUCAAGUACAACAGCAUGGAUUAUUGCGAGGCGUACAGUCAGUGUGAAAUGGCCUACCAUGCAGGCCAAGAUGGCGGCCACCAUGGCCAGGGCACGCCGGACGCGAAUGUUAAACAAAUCGCGGAUGGUGUUCGGGCCGGCGGACCGACCAAUCUUGCCACAAUGAUAGCAAUGGCUAAAGGAAUCGGAGUCAACUUGAAAGUGGUGGACGAUGAACGUUACGUCAGGACGCAGGAAGACAUUGACAACGGGGUUCAAGUGAUGUACGUGAAACAUGGUCCGAAUGACGAGGUUGGUCACGCGUAUUACAUGAACAGCAACGGUCAGUUCAGUGAAGCACCGUCAGUAGGCUACGACUCCGCGUUUGCUGCCUUCAGUAAAAUUCUAGAAAGUAACGGGAUCAGCAAAUCUGUCAGUGAUCUCCGAGUUGAAGCAGCUGACCGUAUAGAAUCGAAUUCCACAAGCUUUUUGAAAGUGCUUUCUGCUGAAAAUUGGAUUAGGAAGACGAAACCUGAUUCGGCUAACAAACUAUUAUUCACUGCCGGAUUGUACAGAGAUGCUGAUGGCGUAUUAAGAGUAGAACCUGGUGAUGCUGUUGCCCUUGCCGAUGCAAUAAGUAAAAAAAAUGAGCAUCCUCGUGGUGGAAAGUUUGCCAAAAUAUUUAAGUUUGCGAUUCCUCGUAAUAUCCCCGACUCACCAACAGAGAAAUCCGUUCUUCAUAUAAUUCCAUAUAACCAACGUGAUGCCGCUGUUCGGGUUCACGACACAAGACAGGCUACAGACACUGCCGCCGAAGCAGAAACGAGGCUAGAACCACUUCGAGCACAGUUGGAAAAUUUCGUAAACGAAGAACACAUGAAAACCAUCAUCGAGGGUAAAAUUGAUGACCAAGGUCGACUGAUGCAUGAACGUCAACUGAUGAACCAAGGGGACGUCGGUACUUUUCUUCACACUGCAAUUUCGUACAAUCCCAAUAAUUUAGCCAGAGAUUUCGUUUGGAAGUUUCGUGGCGACAAGAGACUUGGCGAGUCAUCUGUGGAGAAGGAGGGCGCCUGCGGUCCUAAACUGGAGGGGAUGGGUGCCAGGCUCAAAAAGAAUGCAGGACAGGAAGCUCAUGCAGAGAGUGGCGACACAAAGUAUUUCGAGUCCAAGGAACAAAUAGAUUCUCUGUAUUCUAAGGACUGGCAGGACGCUGAGCCGUGCUAUCCAGACGCCACAGUUACAACCAUCGAGCAAGUUUCGUUUCGGGAAGCACUGAAACUAAUGACCGUCGACAUUUGGUGCACCAUGGAUUAUUUUUUGGCCAAUCGGGACGAGAUGGAAAAGGAUUUAGGUCGCAAGUUGCCUAAUCUGGAUUUGGACGAUAAGGAUUUGUUGAAGCAGUUGGAAGACGAACUAUUUCAUAAACAAUCUGUGAAGAUUUUCGGCCGAGAAGAAGGCGAUGAUGAAAAGUCUGCAGUGACCUUCACAGACUUCCGUCAUUUGUUUUUUGAUGGGAACGAAAGGUUUGGGACUGCCAGGCAUGGGAAACACUACGUGGUUUUCUUUCACGUCACGGGCUGA